UAUGCGUCAGUGCAUGUGCUGUCUGCCUCGUACUCCCUCAAUCCCUCUCUCCAUCACCAACAUACUCACCAUAUCUUGAUGUGAAUUCGACACAUCACUACCCAUUUCCAGAGUUGAUCAUCCCCUCUUCCACAUCGGUCACCUGCUCGCACCUGCAAUGACCGCUAUGCCCCUUCCUCGAUAGACCGUCUCCUCACUUGACAACGACUCGACCGCCCAUCCAUCUCUUCUUCACCGCUUGCCAGCGUCCCUUACACCAUGGCGGUUCAGUCUAAGGAGGAUCCUUUAAUGGUUCUCUUUCAACAUUACCUCGCCAUCAUCCGAGCCAAGAUCGGACGAACCCCGCGGUCAUUGAAGCUCGCCGCCACUACCGCGCUACUUCUCUCCAUCAUCUCCACAGGCUAUGGCGGAUAUACAUGGUGGCAAGAGCGGUCAAGAGACAAGCUUCAAGGACGAACACUGGUCAGGAAAAACAGUGGACUGAGAGGCAAAGGAGGAGAGCGCAUCAUCUACGUCCAAAAGGGCGACACAACAUCCAAGGUCAUCAUCCACCCCACGAGAUCAACCACCUUUGACGCCCACCGACGCCUGUUUCUGACUCCUCCUCGCAUCACCCGCAUUGGCAGUGGUGCCUCCACUCCCGCUUAUGGCCCUCCUCCUCAGACAAAGCCCGGUUUGAAUCUGGCAUUUCUCCAUCAAUUCCUUAGCCUCCUUAACAUCAUGAUUCCCCGGUUCCGAAGCAAAGAGACGGCUUUGUUGUUGAGUCACGGAGUCUUCCUCAUUAUGAGAACAUACCUGUCCCUGGUGGUGGCCCGACUCGACGGCACUCUCGUCAGAGACUUGGUCGCUGGACAAGGCAAGUCCUUCUUAUUUGGUAUCUUGAGGUGGCUUUCCGUGGGAACUCUGGCCUCUUACACCAAUGCCAUGAUUAAAUUCUUGCAAUCCAAAAUCUCAAUCGCCUUCCGCACUAGACUGACUCGAUACAUCCACGACCUCUAUCUCAAUUCCAACCUCAGCUACUAUAAACUCCACAAUCUCGACGGCGGAGUCGGCCAAGGAGCCGAUCAGUUCAUCACGCAAGAUCUCACCCUCUUCUGUACUUCGGCUGCUUCACUAUAUUCCUCCCUGGGAAAGCCUCUGGUGGAUAUUUUUGUCUUCAAUUAUCAAUUAUAUCGUUCCCUGGGCCCACUGGCUCUAUCCGGCCUCCUCUCUGGCUAUUUCGCAACAGCCACUCUGCUCCGCCGGCUUUCACCUCCUUUUGGCAAACUAAAGGCCGUCGAAGGCAAGAAAGAAGGCGAUUUCCGGGGCUUACAUUCACGUCUGAUUGCCAAUGCGGAAGAGGUCGCCUUUUAUGGAGGCGCCGACGUUGAAAAGGUCUACUUGAACAAGGCAUACAAGGAGCUCCGCAGCUGGAUGGAGGGCAUCUACAAUGUCAAGGUUCGAUACAACAUGCUGGAGGAUUUUGUGCUAAAAUACUCUUGGUCCGCAUUUGGUUAUGUUCUGACGUCGAUCCCUGUCUACCUCCCUGCUUGGGCUGGCUUAACAUCAGUACUUGAGACUCCCGGUACAGCUGCUGCUGAACUCGCCGAGACUACCCGGGAAAGAUCCCACAUGAAAGACUUCAUCACCAACAAGCGGCUGAUGCUGUCACUGGCAGACGCUGGAGGUCGCAUGAUGUACUCCAUCAAGGAUCUCUCUGAACUCGCCGGCUACACUUCACGAGUAUAUCAAUUGAUCUCCACACUGCACAGAGUGCAUGCCGGGUCCUACGGAUCACCUCACCAGCGGCGCAGCCCUGGCCGAUUCGAGCUCUUCUCGCUGGCAGAUGUUCAAGGUACAGUUCAUGCUGGGUUCGAUGGGGUUCGGUUCGAGGAUGUUCCGGUGGUCGCGCCUUCCCUGUGGCCAUAUGGUGGAGACGAGCUCAUUGAGUCGCUAUCGUUCGCCAUCCAUGGUGGCGAGCAUCUCUUGAUCUCUGGAAGCAAUGGGGUUGGCAAGUCAGCCAUUGCACGGAUCGUGGCUGGCCUCUGGCCCGUGUACCGAGGUCUGGUAUCCAGACCUCGUGCGACUGGCCAAGACGGAAUCAUGUUCCUACCUCAGCGACCCUACCUGAGCAUCGGCACACUGCGUGAUCAGGUUGUCUACCCUCACACGGAACUCGACAUGCGCGAUGCACAAAGAACGGAUGUCGAGUUAGAACGAAUCCUUGAGGAUGCCAAGUUGGGCCACUUGUUGGCACGAGAAGGCGGUUGGGACACCAGAAAGGAAUGGAAGGACGUUCUCUCUGGUGGGGAAAAGCAACGAAUGGCCAUCGCACGAUUAUUCUACCAUGAACCCAAAUUUGCAUUUCUCGAUGAAGGCACAUCGGCCGUCUCGAGUGACGUGGAGGGACUCCUCUACGAAAGGUGCAAGGAAAGGGGUAUCACCGUCAUUACCAUUUCUACCCGGGUUAGUCUUCGAAAAUAUCACUCUUACAACCUCAUGUUGGGAUUGGGUGAUGAGGGCUAUGACUGGGAAAUGGUGAGGAUAGGAACAGAGCAGGAAAAGCUCGGGCUGGAUAAGGAGAUUGGUGAGCUCAAGGAGAGGCUUUCAAAAGUUGAGGAGUGGACGCGGAGGAAGAAAGAGAUCGACGAAGAACUCGGAAGGGUUCUACUCAAAGGAGACCAAGCAGAACUGGAGAAACCUGGAUACAUCAAGCAUGAGGAUGAGAGCAUCAUUGAAGAAAAAACGGUAGCAUAGAGCCGACAUCUGCAGGGCAUGCCCACAGAUUUCGCCAUGUACAACCAAUUUCCACAAACUUGUCGUACAGGACUUCUUG